AUGGAUCCAGCAGAAGACGACGGGGCCAACGAUGAACAGCCAGAGGCGGCCGUGUCUCUCAAAGCUUGUUUCAGCCAAGGUCUGAAGCAUCUGCAUCAACGGCCAGAACUCUGCGAUGCCACUCUGAUCGCCGGAGGGAAGAGGUUCCCUUGCAACAGGGCCCUCUUGGCCUCCAUCAGCCCCUACUUCCAGGCCGUCUUCACAAGCGGCUUCAAGGAGUCCCGGGACGGGGAGGUCCUUCUGGAGGACAUGGACCCCUCCGUCCUCCAGAAUCUCUUGGGCUACCUCUACUCGGGGGAGCUGGUUUUCAGCCCCGGAAGCGCUGAGGACCUCUUCAUCGCGGCCAGCCGGCUCCAGCUCAGCCCAGCGCUGACACUCAUCAGCAGAUUCCUGAUGGAGAGGAUUUCCCCGGAGAACUGCCUUCGCCUUUACAUGCUGGGCCACGAUCACAACCAGCCCGCCCUGCUGCACGGGGCCCUGCGCUACCUGGGCCUCCACUUUGGCCUCCUCUUUGAACACCAGGACUUCCUGCAGCUCGACCUGAGGGCCCUGACCCGCCUCCUCUCCUCGGACCACCUGGUGGUGGCCUCAGAGAUGGAGGUCUUCCGGGCUGCGCAGCGGUGGGCGAGGGCUGAGCCCAGCAAGCGGCUUCCGGUGCUGGAGACGCUGCUCAGGUGCGUCCGCUUCCCACUCCUGACCCGGGAGGAGGUCGCCCAGGUGCAGGCGGAGACAGAGCAGCUGGGUCUGCAGCUGGAGGUCCACUGGCAGGACCUGGACGGAGCUGGGAGGCUGCAGGUGAGCGGGGGGCUCCGCCAGGGCAUGUACCAGGAGAAGAUCAUCUGCAUCAAAGUGCCCCGUUUGAGGGACAUCCUCUCGGUCAGCGAAGACAUGGACUGCUACAUGGAGUGCCUGAAUCCGAUCACUGGAUCCAGGACAAAGCUGCCGGCCCUGGAACUGGUGGCCCUCCCGGGCUGCUCCGUCCUGGACCACAGGGUCUACAUCUCCGGAGGAAAGCAUGCCGAUGGCUCCUAUUCCUGCGCACUGCACGAGUACAACUCUCUGGCCGACUGCUGGACCCAGCUCCCCGCCAUGUCAACGCCCCGCUCCGUCCACAUGUUCUUAACCUGCAAGCAGAAGCUUUUUGCCCUGAGCGGCUGGAACGAUGCCGGCCCCCUCGCCUCGGCCGAGAGCUUCGAUGUGGCCCAGCAGGUGUGGACCUCUAUUGCCAGCCUGCCCAUCAUCCUGCGCUUUUCUGCCUCUGCGCCGUACAAAAACAAGCUUUACUUGAUCGGCGGUGACGCUGACUCCGAUGAGGUGGUCUACAAGGGCAUCCUUAUCUACGACACCCACCUGGAUACCUGGGCGCAGGUCCCGCUUGAGUUUAGUCUGCACGGGGCGGCGGCUGUCCCCAUGGAGGCUGGGAUCUGUGUCAUUGGGGGCUUCUUUUCCAGGAAGGUCACCCAGCCGUACCCGAACCGGAGGUUCAGCCAACUUCUUCCUUGCACCUCAAAAUGUUUCUUCAUGCAGGAAGCUGGCAUCGUAAGCAAGGAGGUCGCCAUCCCUCCCCUGCCUGUGCCACUUGCGUUUGCCGGUGCCACUUUCUUCCAAGGGAAGAUUUACGUGAUCGGCGGAGUUUGUACCUCCAGAACCCACGAUGCCAUCUAUCACUGGCAACCCGGCGAAGCCGCCUGGACCCAGUACCCAGAGAACCUCACCAGUCAAGGAACAAUUGUGCGCAGGGUGCUCAAAUGUGUGACCCUCAAAGUGCCAACGCUCAAGCUGAGGGCCCUCAUGCAAGAGGCCUCGGCAAGCCGGGUGGCUGUGGGGCUAGCAGACCCCCAGGUCUCCUUGGAAGAGAAUGGAAAGGACCACCCUCCUCCUCCUCCUCCUGACCUGGCACCAUAG